GAAAACAAAAAUGGUGGCCAACAAUAUGCCCUAUCCCUGCCCUGGUUUUAUGGCACGCCAAAUGUCUACGUUCUCUAGGCUUCUUUCUACUAUGUAUUUCCCUCCGACUGAUAUACCCAAUUUCGAUGUGAACAAAGGGAAUCAUUUCCUCGCGGUCGACCCUAUCUUACGUGCUAAAUAAGUGGGGCUACUUCUAACCAAACCGAAGGUGAUCCAAAACUAUCGAAUAUUUCGCGAAAUUAUAACCGCAUCAGCUUGAUUCGUCGUGUCAUUCACCUUAUAUAAUGAAACACAAAAUAAACAAUCUAGCAUUGUGGCAAUGCAGUAAGGAGCAAAAUCCUAUAUGCUUUAUUAAUACAAAGCGCAAAAUAGAUGUUUUAUUUUGCAACACGCUAUGUACGAAUUACACAAAAUAUUUCCUGUCGUCCAUGUAAUACGUGCUAUCAAAAUCAUUUAAUGUAUUUAUUGAAAUAUCAAUCACAGAAUGAUAUUAGGUUACUGAAUUGUAUAUAAACUGGUAAUGACAGAUAGGGCUCACACAAUGAGACUGGAAGCAGAAAUGGCUGCUCCUUUGCACCUGCAAAGAUUGGAGCGUAGCCUCAAUGUACAGCCCUUUUUAAGACAAAUUAAUGAGCUAUUCCAAGAUCCAGCUAGUGAGGAUGAUAAAUCUAUAUCAUCAGAGUCAUCAGAAGGAUCAGAUAAUUAUCUUGAUAAUGUUCUGAUUCGUAAAGAAGAGGAAAGAAUUAAUAAACUGAGAGUGUAUAACAUGUCAAGUGUUGGAGAAGAACGUAGAUGGUUGCAGGAUAUUCUGUUGAGUGAUUCAUCUGAUAGUUCAGCCUCAGGAUCUGAUACUGAUAGUCCAAUUACAGAAGAAGAUUUUCAGGAAAUGUUAAAGUUUCACAUACUCAGAAAAAAGUACCAAGCUCGUUUUUAUCAGAAACCAGAGAAUAUUCAGUACCAAUAUUACAGUGCUGGAUUAUUGUCAAGUUAUGAUAGAUUUUUGGAACAUCAAAAAUUAAUAGUUGGCAACAAAAAGAAGAAAGAAAAAAAGCCAGAAAAGAAAGUUAUAAAAAUAAAAAAAGAAAAACUUCCUCGUCAUAGACCAUCCGAGGAUUACCUUGAAGGUGAAUAUCCAGAAGAAGAAUGGGAUCGUACUAUUCCUAAAGAAGAAGAAUUAGACGAAGCUGAAUUGGAAGCAAUAAUGCGUCAUCAACCUCGACAACGCGGAAGAAAAAAGCAUAAUAAUAAAAGUCCGGAAGUAAUGGCAAUGAGGAGACGAAAAAUUUGGGUAAUGAUGUCGAAGAAGGAACUGGGAAAAGUACAAAGAGCAAAAACUAAUAAUCAUAAGGAAAUGUUAAUUAGUUGUAAGAAAGUAGCACAGCAUUGUAUGAGACACUGGAGACAAAAGGCUAUGCAAUCGCAAAGAAACAUGAAGGAAACUAUAUGGAAAGCAAAACGUCUUACAAGAGAAAUGCAAGCUUAUUGGAAACGCUAUGAUCGAGUCGAACGUGAAACGAGGAGAAGAUUAGAAAAAGAAGCUGAAGAACAGAGAAAAAUGGAUGUGGAGUUGAUUGAGGCAAAACGGCAACAAAGAAAAUUAAACUUUCUCAUCACGCAAACUGAACUAUAUGCUCAUUUUAUGUCCCGAAAAUUAGGGAAAGCUUCUCCUGAAGAACAACUAAGAAUCUUAAAUCAAUUAGAUGAAGAGAAAAAUCCGAGACUUGUUGGGAUUGAUGAUUACGAUAGUGAGGUUAUGAAGCAGAAAGCAAAAAGGAACGCUACUGAAGCAUUCGAUAAUGAAAAAGCUAGGGCAAAACAAUUCGAUACAGCCGCUGCAUCUCAAGAGUUACGUUUAAGCGAUACACCUGAAACAUUGGAACACCCACAGCCUUCGAUUUUUAAAGGAAACCUUAAAGGCUAUCAACUGAAGGGAAUGAAUUGGUUAGCUAAUUUAUAUGAUCAGGGUAUUAGUGGAAUUUUGGCAGAUGAAAUGGGUUUGGGAAAAACUGUGCAAUCCAUAGCGUUUUUGUGUCACGUUGCUGAAAGAUAUUCCGUAUGGGGACCAUUUUUAAUCAUAUCGCCAGCUUCGACGUUGCACAAUUGGCAACAGGAAAUGGCACGAUUUGUGCCAAUGUUUAAAGUAGUUCCGUAUUGGGGUAAUCCACAGGAACGGAAGAUAUUGAGACAAUUUUGGGAUACUAAAGAUUUACACACGAAAGAAGCUUCGUUUCACGUCGUGAUAACUAGUUACCAAUUAGUCAUUACCGAUUACAAGUAUUUCAACCGAAUAAAGUGGCAGUACAUGAUUUUAGACGAAGCACAAGCUAUAAAAAGCACCAGCAGUAUGAGGUGGAAGUUGUUACUUGGAUUUAGUUGUCGCAACAGAUUGUUACUUAGCGGUACGCCUAUUCAAAAUAGCAUGGCGGAGUUAUGGGCAUUGUUACAUUUUAUAAUGCCUACAUUGUUUGAUUCGCACGACGAGUUCAACGAAUGGUUUUCCAAAGAUAUCGAGAGUCACGCGGAAAACAAAACUGGGAUCGAUGAAAAGCAUUUAUCGAGGCUACAUAUGAUCCUGAAACCGUUCAUGUUACGAAGAAUAAAGAAAGACGUGGAGAACGAAUUAUCCGACAAAAUCGAAGUAAUGGUGUACUGUCCGCUUACAACUCGUCAAAAGUUACUUUAUUCGGCAUUGAAGAAGAAAAUUAGAAUAGAGGAUCUACUGCAUUACACAGUGGGUGGUGAUACUGCGUCCAAUGACAAAAAUUUCACGUCAAAUCUUAUGAAUCUAGUCAUGCAAUUCCGAAAGGUUUGCAAUCAUCCAGAACUGUUCGAGCGCAGAGAUGCUAAAUCACCGCUAUUUAUGCGUACAGAAUUUUAUGAAAUGCCUGCAUUAUUAUAUACAGAAGGUCUCGUGCACCUCUCGUUGCCAUCCAAAGAUCACUUGUUGUAUAAUAAGUUGUUUAUAUUUGCUACGGAACAUAUACAUCGAACCCUUCACGGUGGCAGCGAAGAUCUCUGUCAAAAUCCCUUCUCUUUUAGUCGGUUUAUUAAUUUGUCUCCAAUGGAACUAAAUAAAAUAUUUAUCAUUGGUAUCUUAUUCAGAUUAUGUCUUGCAACAAUAAUGGAAAGGAAGAUAAAGAUGAUGCAUUAUUGGGAAGAUUGGAAUGCCGACGAGAGAACAGAAAUACCUAGAAUUCAAAUAUUUCUUGUACCUAAAAGAAUUAACACUUCGUCAAGAUCAAUGCAAGAUUUACUAUUCACAAAAAAGAUCAUGGAGGGAGAAUCUGUGUAUACCCAUACUACGCACGUUAUUCAUUCAAUGCCUGAAACUGUUGCUCAUCGAAUCCUACGUAGUAGUAAAAAAACAGCCAAUCAAUUGUUAAAGCGAAUACUUCCUUCCACCAAAACUGAACAAGAAGACACGAAAGUAACAUUGUUACCAGAACAUCCUCAUCUUCCAAGGCCACCGAUAAUGCGAUAUUGCCAACAAACUACCAUUCCAUCUUUUAUCUGCGAUACUUAUCCUAAGGUUCAAGCUAGUCCUCGAAAACUGUAUGUUAGUAAUAGUUCUGCGGCGUGUGCAUGGAGAAGACACGAAGAAUGCGGCGGAAAGUUUGGUCAACGACUUCUCUGGCUCGGCUGUGAACAAGCUCUGUCCGAUCCAUUAUCGCAGGAGAGUUUAGCUUCUCAAGUAGUCCAAACAGUAUCAACAUUUUCCGUCGAACCACACGGCGGAAUAUCUGCAUGUACGCCAAUUAAUGGCUGGUCGAACAUUAUCGUACCGGAUAAGCAAACCUUAGUAACAGACGCGGGGAAAUUGUCAGUAUUAGACAGUCUUUUACGCCGUCUUAAAGAACAAGGUCAUCGAGUUCUCAUUUACUCUCAGAUGACAAAAAUGAUUGAUCUAUUAGAGGAAUAUAUGUAUCAUAGGAAACAUACUUUCAUGAGAUUAGACGGUUCUUCGAAAAUCUCUGAUAGGCGUGACAUGGUCGCAGACUUUCAGAAGCGGGCGGAUAUUUUUGUCUUUCUGUUGAGUACCCGAGCUGGAGGACUGGGAAUAAACCUGACUGCUGCGGAUACGGUGAUAUUCUAUGAUAGCGAUUGGAAUCCAACGGUAGAUCAGCAAGCUAUGGAUCGUGCCCAUAGGUUGGGACAAACAAAGCAAGUUACAGUCUAUCGAUUGAUCUGUAAAGGAACUAUCGAAGAGAGAAUAUUGCAACGUGCCCGAGAAAAAAGCGAGAUACAACGCAUGGUAAUUAGCGGUGGAAACUUUAAACCGGACACGUUGAAGCCUAAGGAAGUUGUCUCCCUGUUGUUAGACGACGAGGAGAUUGAAGCCAAAUAUAGCCAACGGAGCGAGGAGAGAAAGCAGCACGCCGAGGAUGCCCGACUCGACUUCAACCUAUACCAUAAGGAGAGGGACCGGAAGAGGAAGUUAACCGCGCUUCCGGUCAAGGGCGACGCGAAGAAGCCUUGUUUGUCUGAUGCAAAUGGCGAUAAGAUUGGUGAAACAUAUCAAUCCAAUUCUAACGAAAGCUCUCAGACUGGUGGCGUUCAGUCUUAUCAUCUCAACAAUCAUCAACAAAUUAUCGACAGUACAGAUGAUUAUAGCGUGCCAACCAGCCCAGCCAAGUCAGAGGAUGAGACGAGUAACGAUGGUCUGGUGGUUGACGUGGAUGGUCCAGUAGGAGGAACUUCGAGCGAUGCUCGACAAUCGCGUAUCAGCCAGUAUGGAGAAGCUGGGAAAGUUAGUCGUCUGGAACAUCACAUGCCGUUCAGCAGUGGAACUGGUGUUCGGAUGAGACCGAACGUACGGGGCACUAGCAAAAGGGGCAGACCUCGUGGUUCCCGGAGAGGAGGUCCUGUUGGAGGAAAAGGCAGAGGUCUUCUCUUACUUCAUCCAUCCAAGGGUCUUGGUAACGAGCCUCAGUCACCAUCAUCUUUGUCCCCGACCAGUAGCAGUAUAGCAAAUGAACAAACUCUUCAGCACGGAAUACAAGGGAUUUCCGGACCAGUAGAAGGCGAGGGACCCAGUACAGUGGGUCCCCUGGGACCAGUAGGCGCCCUGGGCGCUGUGUCGAGCAGAGGAGCCGCGCCAGCGAUCCGAAGAGGACCGGGCAGACCCCGACUCAGGCCAACCGGUCCAGGUCACCAAGGUUACCGUACUCCGGGUCAUCAUCAAGGCAGAAAGGUCCAACGGCCGCUUCCGGUCCCUCUGAGAUCUCAACAAACCAUAGCGACGGUGAACCAACAGAAGUCGUCCUCCGUGCAGCGUCCGUCAGGAUCCGGGGCGACCAUUUCCUCGUCCGCUUUGAACGCAUCCUCCUCCUCGUUUACUUCGUCCAGCGGCGAAUCGCGCCCCUUUGGAUUCUACACGCAGCAACAGCAACAACAACCACGCGGAUCAUCCUAGCUUCCGGAGGGCGAAUUCCUUCGGGUGAUCCUCGAGGGAGAUUCCUGAACUCUUGAAACUCGAACACAUUGGCGUUUUUCUGAUCUUUCAGUUCUAUGACGAAGUUCGUCUUUGAAAGAAAAAGAACGAUCAUGUUGAUUGUUCGGUGAUAUAACGAGGCAACGAGAAACUAGUUACUCGUAGAACAAAACCGUACCCGAAUUCUAGUGAUAGAUCAAGUGACGAUUUUACGCUCAAAUAGUGCAAUUGAAAUCUUUUAAUGAACUUAGCGUUUUCUCGUUACGACGAAUGAUGUUAGCUAACGUUUACGUGUAAUUAUUACACUUGCAAAUUAGCUGGCGUUUAACGGUAAAGAGAAAUAAAAGAGGAGAUCUUGGAUCUUCCAGUAACAGUGAACAGUAAACGGAACGGUAUUGAUUAAGAAUUCUAUCGAUCGAUCGAUCGAUCUUCUUGUGUAUUGUAAACUAUGUAUAAAAAAAACAUUUGUCGAUAUUUAAGCUUAAUGUAAACGGUUAAGGACAACCGCGUCGAGCGUAAUUCUCUGAUACAAAUUAGUCCCUUCGUAAACGCUGAACGCGCUUGGGAUCGUUUAGGCAAUCUGUACAAAUUAAUCGAAUCACGCCAUUCGCGUUACAUUAGGUACUUAAUAGAGAAAGCUCGGGCUGGCUGGAGAUUGGGAACAAGCGAAAUUCCGUGAAAAACGCGAGGGAAAAACAAGUAGCUGGAGAAAGUGAAUCAAUCUGGGAACUCGAGCGAAUGGAAGAAGACAGAACUCUUGGAAAAUAGAAGGAUUCAUAAAAAAAAAGGAGUGGAAUUCUUGCCAAAAAAGAAUUCUUUUUUAGUUUGAUUCUUGAGCAUAGAAUGACACGACGAACUACGUGGACACGAUUGUAGCAUUAUUAAAAUUAUGACGAAUGAACAAUGGACAAUUGUCAAAGCAAUCCAUCGAACAGAAGGUACACGAGAUACCUUUCACAUUUAAUUUCUUUUAUCACGAUUGCUUUACGAAACCGUCCCUUGUUCUUUCUUCCCAUUCUCGCCUUUCUCCCUCCUAUUCUUCUUCAUUCUUUAGAAUAUCACAAUUCGUCAAACUAUUGUAGCACCGUUACGUCGCUAGGCUCGGUUAAACGAUAUUUUUUAUGCGUGUUUAUGAACCGUCGUCACGUCGAUUCGAUUUAAUAAAGAAAAAAAAAAAGGUAUUUAUAUUAGCAAUAAACGAUUCAAACGGCCACUGAAUCGAAUUCUGUCGAUUACCUGCAGUUCAAUUGAGGUAUCUUAUAAAAUAAUACUCAAAAAAG